AUGAAAAAUUCACCAGAUGUUUCUAAUUCAAGAUGUAUGCAAGGAAUUACACUUAUUCAAGCUGAAAAACGUACAUAUAGAGUUCCUAGUUCUUCUAUAGUAUCUAUUGACACAAUAAACAAAGAAAAUUCUGGCGAUAGUUAUUCAAAAAAUCAUAAUAAAAGUAAUGAAAAUUUAGUUUCCAAUGACAGCAAAUUGGUUAAAAGCAUCGAUCCAAAUAUACAACAAAUCCAUGAAAAAAAUGUAUCAAAUGAUCAAAUAACAACAUUAAAACUUAAAAUACCAUCAAAAAUAGGAGGUGCAACAUUGAAACAAAUAGAAUCUGAUACAAAUACUAGAAUAAAAAUUAUAAAUGGCGAAGAUGUUGUUCCAAGAUCACCUCCAACACAUUUUUUAUCUUUACCACUUGAUACUGAUCGAAAUUUGCAACAAAAGAUAUCCAAUUUUCAAUCAGAUGUUCUCUCACUUUCCAUACCCAAGAUUGAUCCCACCAUACUUAUAAAUCCAUCUUCAUUUCAUUUGACCCUUGGGAUGUUAAGUUUGUAUGUUGAAGAAGAUAUUAAAGGUGCCGUGCAAUUAUUAAAAAGUUUGUCUACUGAAGUUAAUGAUUUAGUUGGAUCAAGAAUACCAGUUGUAAAAUUAUCUGGUUUGGAUAUAAUGGAUGAAGAUUCUACAAAAACAAAUGUUUUAUAUGCAAAAGUUGAAGAAUUGGGAGAAAAAAAGAUUUUAACAAAAUUAGCUGAAUUUUUGAAUGAAAAAUUUUCUGAAGCUGGAUAUUUAAAAAAAACUGAUAGACCGUUAAAGCUUCAUGCCACUUUGAUUAAUACAAGUCAUCGUAAAAUUAAAGGAUCGUAUAAAAAUUAUGAACGAAUUCCAUUUUCAGCUGUUCAAAUUCUAAAUAAAUUCCCCAAUAUCGAUUUUGGAACAUGCAGAAUUGAGAAUAUUCAUAUAUCAAAAAUUGGAGAACAUGAUGAAAACGGAAGACAUAAAAGUGAAGGGAAAAUUAAAAUCAAAUAA